AUGUUGAAUCUUGAUAAUGUCUUUGGUUACAGCAGAUUAUUUAUUUCAAAGCACUGGCAAUCAAGUAUGAGGCAAUGUGUAAACAAUAAAAAGGAGAAACGAAGGUAUUCAAAAUUCAAAAAGAAGGAGAAACCAACAGCUUUCUUCCACCGCAACAUGAGUGAAGAUGGCUUCAAUUAA